AUGUCUGUGACAUCCACUAUACCAGUAUUUCUGCCCGGGGAUCUGCUUCCCAUCAGCCAGAUACCAACGUCACAGAAGCGCAAAAUCGGCCACGGACUCCAACAAGAUACAGAGACCGAAUUCGUCGCAACCAUUGGAGGACUCUUGGAAAUUGACUAUCGCAAGAAGACUGCACAAAUAUCCACGCCAGAUGCGCGCUACAUACCAACAGCGGGAGAUCUCGUGAUCGCGCAAGUACGAAUCUCAACCGCAGACUUUUUCCAUGUCUACAUCAACCCUUACUCGCCCCAGGCAUUCUUACCCCAGUUGGCCUUUGAAGGUGCAACCAAGAAGACGAGACCUCAACUGAAGACCAACGAUCUCGUCUACGCCAAAGUCGUCUCUGCCCAGAAGAACAUGGAGAUCGAGUUAAGUUGUGUGAAUCCUUCCACGGGCAAGGCAGAACCGGAUGGGCUGGGCCCCCUUAACGGUGGCAUGGUAUUCGACGUCAGCCCCGGUCUUGCCGAGAGGCUUCUCAAGAAGCAAGGCGUUGUAGCGCUGGAGGAAUUGGGGUCGAAACUCCAGGGCGGGUUUGAGAUUGCGGUCGGCAAGAAUGGGAAAGUGUGGGUCGAUUGCCCUGAGGCUGGUGUCAAGGGAAUUUGUGCGGUAGGGCGGUGCCUGAGAGAGAUGGACGAGAACGAGUUGAACGAGAAGGAACAGAAGAAGCUAGCGAACAGGAUCAUCGCCGAGCUGGAGCGUGGCUGA